GGUUCAAACGUGUCGCCCCAACCAGCGAGUUGUGCUGCGUUGGAUCGAGUGCUCAGUUGGUGUGGCCGCUUGGCUCUAUCCACGAGCGUUCAGUGGCGGGUGAGUCGAAGGCUCGUCCGGCGCCGAUCCAUGAAUCGAGAGGCCGUGCUCGUGGCAGGACGACUUCAUUUGGCCGUGACCCUGAAAUAGGAGCACCCUGACGACGGAUUUCGCCUCAGCUUCAUCUACGAGGCUCUCAACAUGGCUUGACGUGACGAGGAAGUCAAUUGCAGACAAGGACGACAAACCAGACGCACAAGGGACCAACCGUCGCUGAAGCACUGGCCCCAGGCGCCUCGACGGCUUCACCGUCAUGCUGAGGUGCUUUCGGGCGAAGCUGAUGUUAUGGCCGCCGCCGCUGCUGCUGCUUGUUGCCUGCCUCAUCUAUGGUCAGCUGAAGCUUGUCCCCAGCGCUGCAACUGCCUCGAACUUCAGGUGCUGUGCCAAGAGGCCGGCUACCGGGAGCUGCCAGCGCCCGUGCCCCGUGCGGCGGUGGCGCUCCUGCUGACCAGCAACCAGCUCGAGCGGCUGGCCACCGACAGCUUCCGCGGCCUGGUGCGGCUGCGCAAGCUCAUCCUGGACAACAACCGCAUACAGGCGCUGGCGCCGUUCACUUUCCGCGGGCUCGCCGGACUCGACGAGCUCAGUCUGCAGAACAACCCGCUCACAGUGCUCUCGCAGCAGUCGCUGUCCGGCCUGAGCCGGGUGCGAAUGCUGCAGCUGGGCUUCAACCGCAUCGCUCGCGUGGAGCCGUUCGCGUUCGCCGGAAGCAGCGACAUCGGCAGCAUCUCGCUCGAGGGAAACCCUCUCGAGCUGCUGCGGUCGCGUGCCUUCGCCAACCUCAGCCGGGUCGGCUCCCUCAGGCUGCCCCGGGGUCUCGCAGCGACGGAGCCGGACGCCUUCGCGGGUCUGCGCAACGUGAGCCUGGUGUCCCUGGAGGCCUCGCGGCUGCAGCGGCUGCCUCAGUUCGCCUUCCGGGGUCUGGAGCACGCGGGCGAGCUGCUCAUCCGGGACGCCGAGAUCGGCCUCAUCGACUCCGGCGCCUUCGCCGGCCUCAGCCACGCGCGCCGGGUCACGCUCGAAGGCUGCACCGUGGAGGCGGUGCGGGCCGCCGCGUUCGCCGGCAUGCGAGCCGUCGGCCAGCUCAGGCUGAGCGGCAACCGCCUCGGCAGCGUGCUGCCUGGCGCACUGGACGCGCUCGACCAGGCAUCCGUGGGUCACGUGCUGCUCUCGGGCAACUGGCUGCCCUGCGACUGCCGCCUUCGCUGGGCUCCCGAGUCGCUGAGGCGGCGCGGCUUCUGCUCGUCACCCGCGCACCUGCUCAACGCGUCGGCCGCCCAGGUGUCGCUGGACACCCUGCCGCGCUGCCUGCCCGAGCACUUCGUGCCGCACUCGAGGCCCGACGCCCCUCCGCUGUCGGGGCGUCAGCAGACUAGCGGCGCCGCCGCGGCACGACUACGCCUCAGUUCGCGAAUUACCCUCGGUGCACCCGCGGUGGUCCCACUGCUGCUCGUCGCCGGUUCCUGGUUGCAGCGCCUCGUCGUCGCAACGUCGUGCCUGCCACAGUGUAAUCUCUGACAGCCUGCGCCAUAAUUUGGCACGUGCCGUACGCGCAAAGUGCACUCGAUCCAUCGGUGUCUGUCGCGUCCCCCGUCGGCGCUUCAGUGCUGGUCGCAGUUGUGCUCUUUAAAACGAGUGGUCACCGCAAGGAACUCCUCGCAAAGUUACGAGAAUUUCAAAUUUCUCAAGUGCAUGGCUGGCCGAAAGAGACUUGUGCGCCAGCUUCGAUAUAUUAUUUUUGUUCAUGUUUCCUAUAAGCGCUCAGCCAUGUGAUAUAUAAGCAGACCCGGGAAGCCGGCAUCCCAAUUUACGGCUUUUAUUAUCGCUUUUUUUUUUAAUGACGCUUCAAUAUUGAGUAUGUUUAUAACCUUUCUUAUGGCGCUUUAAUAUAAUCUUGAGUGUGAAAACAUGAAACUUACGUCCAGAAUUUUAUAAAGAUUCUGGUUCCAUUCCUUUUCUCAUAUCACUUCGUCAGAGCGACACUAUCCCUUAUCAUCAGGUGAUCCGCCGUCGCUGAACGGUGGAUGACAAGAAAGGAAUAGAAUCGAGUGAGAGCAAUCUUUGCAGUAUACCGGCCUUAGUGCUCAUAAUACGUUCACGCGUUCUUUUUGUCUUCUAGCGUUUCUGGCCUUCAGAAAUAUCUGUUUUAUACCAUACUAUAGUCAGUGAAGCUGCUGUUGCACUUUGUUUUUCCGUCUCCUUUAUUAUUAUUUUUUUCUAGAUGUUUUGCGGUUUUCAUGGCUUUCCUUUGUCAAAGUACCCAAAUUGUUGGAAGCAUGCUCGUGGCGUGGCAAUUGAACUAAUCACGCUACUUCUAAAGCGACGCGUUUCAUGCAUCUCCGUGAUGAAAAUUUUUGCUCAACCGCUCAAAUAAGCGUAUAACGAUUUUGCGUUGCGUAGUGCUAAGUCUUCUCGCAGAUAUUAGUAUACUCCAUGGCUCGCGCAUGUUGUACAGAAAACAUUGUCCCAAGAACCAAUGUGACACUCCAGUAGUGACAGUAAGGCAGGAAGUUGGGCUAGUUGGAAUGAUGCACAUAAUUUAAAACAGUGCGGAAGACUAGGGUUACACGAAAAGGAGGACGCAGGAUGACCGCUGUCUGACAACUGAAGUUUAUCAAGAACAACGCACAAACGAAAAAAUUCAGCGCCAUUCCUCUCUGUGAAGACCGUUGGAUUACCAGCGAAACUGUGUAUGUGAUGAUUGACCGUUGCUCCGUGGAAACGUUCCAAGUUUGCGGGAUCGGGGCCCCAUGGACGGUUCGCAUUUCCUUCUGCGUCGCGGUCCUGGCGGGCAGCACGCUUGCGCUUGGCGUCCGCGGCCCGCUCGUCGUCGGUGGUCUCCAUCCGCCGCGUCCAUUCCCUUUUCUGUUCACGCCGUCGUUCUUGGUGUAGGCACGCUGUUCUUCUUCAGACCGUACAACACGCGGCCUACCCAUUUCACAGUCAGAGCAGAACUGAGGAAAGGAGCUUACGUAAAGCAUGACGCCAGGACACAGAGGACACUCAGAUUGGUAGGCACUAGUUUGAAUACGCCGGGUGGCGUACACGUGUAUGGUGCGAACAUAGACAUGGCCGACGCGGGUCGAAGUGUAGUAUCUGUUCUUAUCUGCUCGAUCGCUGAUACGGGUUGUAUUUGGACCCAAAUAUUAAAUUUUUGCAAGUUGGCGGCGUGCUUGAAACUUACUUCACCUCCGCCGCGGGUCAGCCCGGUACUGUACUAUCUUCGGGAUCGGCCCACGUUUUUGGUCUACGGACAUCGAUCCGCUGGAAACUAGCCAUAUACUGCCUAGCUGUAAAACACCACCGAAUGUUAUUAAGUAACGCCAUGGAAUAAAUCGCGGCAAGCCUCCUCUUUGUGUUGUCGCUGUCUUUCGCGCUGACUUGGAGUGUGCAGUCAUGACGGAUGAGUUCUUGCUUCUGACGCGUUCUUGCCACAUGCAGUCAUGAUGGAUGCCUUCAGGCCAUUCCGUAUGUCUCACUAGUAUGCAUGUGCACCUUUAUUGCCCCCAGCAGAGCGUGCACUAUUCGUCACAAACUCCGAGGGCGUGUAGGUUGUAAUGCGCAAGAGGUCAUGCAACCCCAGGAAGAUCAACGGAGUGCAACAGGCGUCCCUUGGACUUUGUCAUCCCAUCGUCUGGAUGAUGUGAACUCUGCAGCUGCAGCCCGAACCAGCGACGAAGUACUACCUUUUUGUUUCCGCGUGGUGGAUGAAUA